AUGGCCAAACACGACUGCCCCGUCCCCAAAGGCGCAGAAAACUAUGGCAAGCGCGGCACAUCAUGGCAUCCAAUGCUCUACUUGUCCUUGGCUUGUCUUGGAGCGACUACAGCCAUCUCGAUUUCUCUCAUCUUCCAACAUCUACGACGGUAUCGGGCUCCUAAGGAACAACGACAGAUCAUUCGGAUCAUCUUCAGCGUGGUCGCGUACUCUCUGGUAGCCUUCUUCGAGCUAUUUCAAUACGAAGAUGCAGAGUAUCUCGAUCCACUGGGCGAUGUGUAUGAAGCAUUUGGGCUGUGCGCGCUCUUCCUCCUCUUCAUCCAAUACGCCUCACCAAACGGCACCUUCGACGAAGCCACCUUUGACGCUGUCAAAUCUGGCGAAGAUAUCGCGACGACUUUCAACUGGCCGAAGAUUGCAUGGAUCUUUGUCUUCCAAUACGUAAUUGUCGAAGUCCUGUGUGUUGGAGUGCAAGAAGCCACCCAGGCCGCUGGAGUCUUCUGCAUGAAUUCACUGAGCCCACAAUUUACUCACCUCUGGAUCGAGAUCAUUGAGAGCAUCUCCAUUGGUGCUUGUGUCCUCGCCAUCGUCAAGUUCUAUCAACGCAUGAAGACAACGAUGAAGGCUAAGCGUGGCCUUUCCAAGAUUGCGAUGUUCAAGGGUAUCGUGUUUAUUCGAUUUGUUCAGCAGUGGGUGUUCUCGUUGCUGUUGCAACACGAUGUCAUCAAACCUGGUCCGGCGUUCAGCUAUAACGAUAUCCUCUACGGUAUUCCGGCGACAGCGACGUGUGCCGAGAUGGUGCUGUUUUCGUUGGGAUUUUGGUACUCUUUCAGCUCCUCCGAAUACAGCAGCACCGCAAAACCUCACGUCCGCCCCUUGCCAAUGUGGAAAGCCGUCCUCGACGCCCUCAACCCGACCGACUUUGUCCUAGGCGUUGUUAGGAUUUUCCCUCUCUGCAUGCAAGUGCGGAAGACAGGCGACUGGAGUGCGUACCGUGCAUCGACAAAGAAGCAAGGUCUAGCUGGCGCCAUACGCAAAGGCAGAAAUCGGUACAAGAACCGCGGCCAGGACCGGUAUCAGGAACUCGAUCAGGGUACGCAGAAUCUGACACGGCCUACGGAGAGUCACCAAAGCCAGGACUUCGGGCGGCCGUCUAUGAGUGGUGGGCUUGGAGGCCAAUGUGUGUACCAGCCGCCUGGUGCUUCGCCUCCUGGAGACGAAGGUAGUUACCUGACAGGAGGGCUGGACGGGAGCGGACAUCGGAGAGCAGCGUCGCAACAGUAUUUGAUGGCUGAUCAUGCGUCUCCUGGACGGCCUCGGGCUUCCUCGCAAAGCUCGUUGAUGGCGGAGUCGCAGCCACCGCCCGGCUACUUUAAACCUGGGCAGAGGUAUGAUCGAUCACGUUCUCCAUCGCCAAGUCCGUUUGCAGGAGCGCCAAUGGGGGGAAGAGAGAUGAUAUGA